AUGCCUUUACAAUAUGGCUGGCAGAUCCAGCAAGGGAAGUUCAACGGCUCAAGACACCCAUGUAGCUCGUUGACCCUGGGGAAAGGAGGGACUCUCGUCUUCAAUGACACAUUUUCCGUCGUUCUGAGUCAAGAUGCCGUCUUUGAGCCCUCCUGUACCACCAUUAUCGAACCAGAAACCUAUGAUCCGUCGACGAUCGUGGAUGUCCGCGAACACUUUUAUGCCUCGACCUCUCCGCAGAUGUAUGCUAUUGCAACCGCGACCGUGCUAGCCUAUGUCCUUUCCAUUAUUCUUUUCAUAACACCCCGUACAUUUUUUAUUGGAGGCCGUGGUGGAGGCUUCCUUGGUCGACAUGGCAUGAUUAGCGGAUCAUAUGGUAGCAGCUCAGUCAUCGGAGUUGGCGGGAGACCAUGGCUACAGAAAAUAGCAGCCUUGACGGUUGCGAUCUCACUCACGAUUGCUACCGCAGAUUCGUUUGCGGUUGCAAAAAAACAAUAUGAGAUGGGUUACAUGGACUCUACCGCCCUCACAAACGAGGUUGUCAACGGCCUCGAAUUACGCAUUAUACGUGUUAUAUCAAGCACAUUUCUCUGGCUCGCCCAAGUCCAGACUCUUAUUCGGCUAUUCCCUCGACACAAGGAAAAAGUUGUCAUAAAAUGGGUCGGAUUUGCACUUAUUGUGCUUGACACCAUAUUCAGUAUCCUUAACAAUUUCGCACACCCUGGGAAUACUAUAGUCCAUCCAGGAAAACUAAGGGAUGCGGUCCCUGCUCUCAACUACUUAUUUGAACUGGCCUUGAGUAUGCUUUAUGCAGCAUGGGUCGUUUUCUACUCCCUUUCCAAGCACAGGUUUGCUUUCUUUCACCCAAAAAUGCAGAAUAUCUGUCUUGUUGCAUUGUUGUCUCUGCUUGCGCUCUUGAUACCCGUUGCUUUCUUCAUUUUAGACGUUUCACAGCCAAAUAUUGCCGGUUGGGGUGAAUAUAUCCGCUGGGUUGGUGCAGCGGCGGCGAGCGUGGUGGUCUGGGAAUGGGUUGAGAGAAUUGAGGCUCUGGAACGCGAAGAACGAAAAGAUGGGAUCCUAGGGCGGGAAGUUUUUGAUGGUGAUGAAAUGCUCGACGUAACCCCGUCUGACGAGGAUGGCUCACCAGGAUCUCGCGGUGAUGGUCUGGAUGCCAGCUUUGGCCGUGGCUCAAGAUGGGGACGGCUCGGGAAGCUUUCUCAUAACCCGUUUCGUUCACGCCACGUAUCGUGCCCCCGGUCGCCUCAUAUCCAUGAACGCAAAAGGCGUAAGACAGAAAUAAGCCCUCCAAAUCUUGAAUCGUCUCAAGUAGUCGAGACCGUGCCGCCCCCGGCUGUGGCCAGUCCAGUUAGCCGAGAGAAUACCACCAGCGCUACAAGUACGCUAUAUUGUACUUGGACACGAGAAGGAGGUGGCUCAGUGGAAUUAACCAAGCAGGGCACCCAUUCAACGGAACAGAGUGACAUAGUUACACCAGUUCCUUCGCGAAAGAUAGGCAUAGGUUGGCUCAAUGCCGUUAACCCCUUUAAACGAAGGCGUGGAUCACCCCCACAGGAGGUUGCAACGGCACAAGCAGAAGAAGGUAUGGCUGCCACCGCUACAUUAGCCACAGGUCUUUCUGAAGAGCGUGAGAGUCGGUGGAAAUUACCCCCGGCACUCAGCAUGGUUGCAUCACAUCUUCACCGCGAAUGGAUAGGCUCGUCUGAGAAACGGGGCUCUGAACCCCCCAUUCUCCCAGUCACAGUCAUACCGGCUAAAAGCAAGCGUGAGAGAUUGCAACCAAGCUCUAAUGAAGACGCUCCCACCCCUAGUUCACGGUUCCGAUGGGGGGAGUCUGGUGAGCGGAAGGGAGUAGAAACACCGCUGCCUGUCAUGGUGAUUCCCGCACGGUCACGAUCCGCAAUUACAUGGUCCACUCCAGGUUUGGACGAGCCCGGCCGCCCCCUUUUCAGCAGCCCAACAGGCUCAAGUCCUAACCCUCAAGCCCUGACUGACCGUGGAACUCCAUCUUCGAUGUUCUUGUCUCAACCACAGUCCAUGAAUUCACGAGAUCCACAUGAAAAUCUACCGUUUUCGGCGAAUACCCAGCUGGAUCCAAGACAUGUUCAACACACGAGGAAUGAAGACAGUGGUGAUUAUCGACAGGGAGAUAUAUACAACCCUCCACCAGGCCAGAAUGACACCGGACAGCAUAAUAACCACACCGCUACUGAGCGUCCAUCCAGCUCUCAUUUGAAUCAACAGCCACCUGAUCCUCCUGAUCCCCGGUCGACUUCUCAAACACGGCAACGUUCUCCAUCCGAUCUUGACGUCAGAUAG